AUGUCUACUUCACCACCUACUGUUAAUCCAGUCGCAACAAUUGUGCAACGCCGAUUAAUUACUAAGGGAAGAUUUUUUCAUAGUACAUCAAAGGAUAAAAAUUUUUUUUUAAUAACUUACAAAAUUGUUCAAGAAAAUACUGAUUUUUUUAAUGAUAGUGAUCCUGAUUAUAAUUUUAAUUACGAUCAUGAAUUUUUUUAUCAAUAUUAUACAACGAAUUACUUUGUCAGGUGUAAAUUAUUACCUCAUUUAAUUGUUGAAGAUUUACUGAAUAAUGAGCAAUUUGAUAUGAAUACACGGAAUAACGAAACAUCAUUAUCUCCACAACAAAAAUUAAGCCUUGAAGAAAGCUUGUAUAUAAAGCUUUAUUUACGUGUUUCACAAGAAACGGAUGAAAUUAUAAUUUAA